UUGCACUUUGUCAAUCACGAGUGUUGCCACUUGUUGAUAUUUUCUGAGUAAGUGCGAAUUGUUAUUUAUGCGUGACUCAGUCACUGCUUUGUAGCCUAUUGCUUGUCUUUCACAUGGAGGCGUAAACAACUCUCUCCCGUUGGUUGACUCAGAAGAAAUGACAACUAUUUUUUACACUGAACCCGAAUUAGUCCUUGGCCAUGGACGCAAAGUGCUGUUCCUCAAUCCCGAUGACUUGCAAAUCUUCAAAGACAUCGAAGUUGCAGAUGACUUGACCACAUGUGGACUUAAGAUUGAGGCAGCGGAUGAGGGCGAGCCGAAAGCAACAUGUACAAAAUUAGAGGUGUCAAUAUUAAAUGUUUGCUAUUCACCAGACAGACAACUGAUUGCACUAACUACAGCCGGGCAAAAGGCUCUGCUGCUCUACAAAAGCCGGCCGGAGCAUGCGCUGCUGCUAUCUGCACGUAGCUUGGCACGUGCCUCUAGCGCUAUAACAUUUGCACCCGACUCCAGCUCCGUUCUGGUCACAGACAAGACCGGAGAUUGCCAUCAAUACGAUUGCGUGGAGGUAGAGGCACCGCCUAAACUACUACUUGGCCAUCUAAGCAUUGUUUACGAUAUUCUGUGGACACCGGAUCAGAAGCAUAUCAUCACCUGCGAUCGGGAUGAUAAAAUUCGAGUGACCAACUAUCCUGCUACCCACGAUAUACACAGCUAUUGUCUGGGCCACAAGGAGUUUGUAUCAGGACUGGCAUUGCUACCAGGCCAUGAACAGCUUUUGAUAUCCACAUCAGGUGAUAAAACGUUGCGCUUGUGGAACUAUAUGACGGGCAAGGAGCUACUGCAGCAACAGUUGCCCGCACCAGUUGUACGCCUUCAGAUGCGUGAACUAAUCUCCUCCAAGCGGUAUCUGUUAGCCGUGCUAUUUUACGAUCAUGUAGAAGCAAUUGGCCUUUACGAAUUGGAGCUUAAAGAUGCUGUCUGGUCAAUAGCCAAGGAGUCUUUAGUGCGCGCAGAGGCAGGCAACUGGAACAUCAGCAAUUUUGCUUUGACCAGCGAUCGGAUAUAUGUAGCUGGUGCUCUAAACGAGCGGUUAACGUUGCACGUAUACAACAUCACCGAUGGCAAACAAGCGGAGUCCGUGCCAAAAGGUUGGCUGAACAUGGUCAUGGAAAACUUUGCGGGGCAAAACUGCGUGCCAGACGAUCUAUCCGUUUGGUUUAAGAAGCGCUAUGAUAAUAUAAGCGACUAUAUGGAACGAAAAAAGCGACGCAUCGAGGACCAACACCAACAACAGAAAUGAAACCUACGGGAGGAGCAGCAGCAAGUAAUGCUGCAGCAAUAUUA